GCAAUCUGAUUUCAAAAUAGGUUGCACGUAGGCGGGGGUCAAACUUUGCUGAAGCUCUAGGACAGUUUUCUCAAUCGUUGCUGGAUUCUUGUUGUGCUGUUUGUCUUAAAAAGAUGAGGAACGUAGCUCACUAGGGGAAGUGUGCUGCAAUUAAAAUAAGAUUAAGAGACUAUAGUCCAAGGACAACGAAUCAGAUAGCAUCUAGUGAUGGGAAAGUAAUGUUUAGCUGCUGACCAUGGAGGCUAAAGCUUACAAGUUCUCCCAAAUGGUGGAAUUAACCAUGCUUGCCACCUGAGCUGCAAAGUCCCCAGGCAAGCUGUGGCUCUGUUCAAAGCGUGGAAAUUUACUUUGUGGAUUGCAGCCAUGUCCUUAACUCAGUGAUGUGUCACUGCAAGUUAUGGAACACUUUGACAGAAAGGAGAGACCUUUUAUUGUGAUGUUAAAACUCAUCCAUCCAAGCGAUCACACCGCUAUGAAAGAGCCGGCAUGCUUUAUCGGCUCUCUGUGUGCUGCACCACCUCUUACUGAUGCACUGCAGACCACCAGCUUGAAGAGUUGAGAUACAAUAUGAAGCAUGGCCAGAAUGGGUCCCGGGGAGAUCUCCUGAUUUUCGAGGCUACCUGGGAAAGUGUCUGAUGUGGGAUGCUGUAAUCAGCCUCUGCCUGAGACCCAAUCACUGUGAGAGACGGCUGUCUCAAAAUACCAUAAAUGUGUUCUGAAACCACAAAAAGCAGUUCAACCAAGCUGAAAAUGGAUGUUUAAGAUGAGAAACGCUGAAAGGCACAGGAUAGAAGAUCUGACGAGUGGAGAGAGGACAGCGAGUAAGGACCUCGCUGCUGAGAGGAACUGCAUAACUGUGACUGUUUCUCCUCGUCUGUAAGCCGGUGGGCUCCAGUAUCACAGCUGAUGACUGUCCCUCAGGUGGCUGGACUGCAGGGCUGAGCGGGAGGCCUGUGUGUUCGCUGAGGGGGCGCCCCGGCUUGUAUGUUGGUCACUUGCAGUUGCACUCGCUCACAGGGACCAUGUGGUUUUCUCCAAGGAGAAGUCGUCUCCCCUCGCAGAACUGGCACGGUGCCCACAGUUCAGGCAAUUUCAGCGUGUCCUUGUGGGUAUUAAGUUUUUGUUGGUGCUUUGCGUCCCUCAGAGGUCAGAACUACCACCCCACUGUGAACACGCAGUAUGGGAAACUCCGAGGGGUGAGGGUGCCCCUGCCUAGCGAGAUUCUGGGGCCGGUGGACCAGUAUUUAGGGGUUCCCUAUGCCGCCUCCCCAGUGGGUGAAAAACGCUUCAUGCCCCCGGAGCCUCCUUCCUCCUGGUCAGGGAUCAAGAAUGCCACUCACUUUGCUCCUGUCUGCCCCCAAAAUAUUCACAACGCCGUGCCAGAGAUCAUGAUGCCAGUAUGGUUCACCUUCAACCUGGAUAUAGUUACAACAUACAUACAGGACCAACACGAGGAUUGUCUUUAUCUAAACAUCUAUGUUCCAACAGAGGAUGUCAAAAGAAUAUCCAAGGAAUGUGCCAGGAAACCCAACAAGAAAAUGUGUAGAAAAGGAGGGGCCCAUGCAAAAAAACAGGGCGAGGAUUUAUCGGAUAACGACGGUGACGAAGACGAAGACAUACGAGACACUGGGGCCAAGCCUGUGAUGGUCUACAUCCACGGAGGAUCCUACAUGGAGGGGACAGGCAACAUGAUCGAUGGGAGCGUCCUGGCCAGCUACGGAAAUGUCAUCGUUAUCACUCUCAACUACCGCGUCGGAGUCCUCGGCUUCCUCAGUACUGGUGACCAGGCUGCUAAAGGGAACUACGGGCUCCUGGACCAGAUCCAGGCUUUAAGGUGGAUCAGCGAGAACAUCGGCUUCUUCGGAGGCGACUCCAACCGCAUCACUGUGUUUGGUUCUGGGAUCGGCGCUUCCUGCGUCAGCCUGCUUACUCUCUCCCACCACUCUGAAGGUCUGUUCCACAGAGCCAUCAUUCAGAGUGGAUCAGCCCUAUCCAGCUGGGCGGUGAACUACCAGCCGGUCAAGUAUACACGUCUGCUGGCAGAGAAGGUGGGCUGUAAUGUCCUGGACACCUUAGACAUGGUGGACUGUCUGAGGAAGAAGAGCUCCAGGGAGCUGGUGGAGCAGGACAUACAACCAGCGAGGUACCACGUGGCCUUUGGACCUGUAAUCGAUGGUGAUGUCAUCCCUGAUGACCCCGAGAUCCUGAUGGAGCAGGGCGAGUUCCUCAACUACGACAUCAUGCUGGGGGUCAACCAGGGCGAGGGGCUGCGGUUUGUGGAGAACGUGGUGGAUUCAGAGGACGGCGUAUCUGGAAAUGACUUUGACUUCUCCGUGUCAGACUUUGUGGACAGUUUGUACGGGUACCCGGAGGGCAAGGACACUCUGAGGGAGACCAUUAAGUUUAUGUACACAGACUGGGCAGACAGAGACAAUCCAGAGACCAGGCGCAAGACGCUGGUGGCUCUAUUCACCGACCACCAGUGGGUGGAGCCAUCUGUGGUGACGGCUGAUCUCCACGCUCGCUACGGCUCACCUACCUACUUCUACGCCUUCUACCACCACUGCCAGAGUAUGAUGAAGCCAGCCUGGUCAGACGCCGCUCACGGGGAUGAGGUGCCCUAUGUUUUUGGAAUUCCCAUGAUUGGUCCCACUGACCUUUUCCCCUGUAACUUCUCAAAGAACGAUGUCAUGCUCAGUGCUGUGGUCAUGACCUACUGGACCAACUUUGCCAAGACUGGGGAUCCCAACAAACCGGUUCCCCAAGACACCAAGUUCAUCCACACCAAGGCCAACCGCUUUGAAGAGGUGGCCUGGUCUAAGUACAACCCCCAGGAUCAACUGUACCUGCAUAUUGGCCUGAAGCCACGUGUGCGCGACCACUACCGCGCCACCAAAGUGGCCUUCUGGAAACACCUAGUGCCCCAUCUGUACAACCUCCACGACAUGUUCCACUACACCUCCACCACCACCAAAGUGCCCCCGCCAGAGACCACCCAGAACACCUUGUCCACCAAGAGGCCCAACGGGAAAACGUCCUGGCCGUUCAACACCAAGCGGCCUCCCAUGUCCCCGGCCUACAACAGUGAGGAUAAAGACUCAUGGAGCGAUGACGAGGAGACAGGGCCGCUGGUGGUGGAGAACCCACGGGAUUACUCCACAGAGCUCAGCGUGACCAUCGCUGUGGGAGCCUCGCUGUUGUUCCUCAAUGUCCUGGCUUUUGCAGCCCUCUACUACCGCAAGGACAAGCGGCGGCAGGACUCCGGCCACGGGCAGCCCAGCCCGCAGCGGCAGACCACCUCCAACGACAUUGGCCACCACGCGCCAGAGGAGGAGAUUAUGUCGUUGCAGAUGAACCAGACGCACCAUGAGUGCGAGGCGGGGAACAGCAACGAGGGGGCACUGCGCUUGGCCUCGCUGCCCGACUACACACUCACUCUGCGACGCUCCCCAGACGACAUUCCCCUCAUGACCCCCAACACCAUCACCAUGAUACCCAAUUCCCUGGUAGGUAUGCCCAACCUGCACCCCUACAACACCUUCACGACCGGCUUCAACUCCACCGGCCUGCCGCACUCCCACUCAACCACCCGCGUAUAGCUUUAAGGAGGCCAGGGGUAGCCGGCGCAGGCGGGGAGGAGGAGGCGGCACUGGUGGUGGAGGA